AUGGAGGAAAUCAAGAGAAAAUCAAGAGAAGAAACAACACCCAACAAUUUACUGAGUAUGUAAAAUCUCCGGAAACAAUUUUUUACAUUGGAACAUGUAAAUGCGAUUUGAAGGCAGCUCCAUGUGCAUGCGGCUGGGUUCCCGAACGCCUCAAAGAGUUCAUGCACGAUCAACACAAUCAGAGAGGACUAGCAAUAAAUGCAUUUAUGAUGGAAACUGAAGAGCAAAGAGCAACGUCUAUGUCAUCAAUGCCAACAUAGCAAGAUCCCGAUGAUUCAACAUACGCAACGCCACCGUUCAAGAAGAUAUGGAUAGAAGCACAAGUUCACAAUACACAGAGAGAUACGAUUGUUUUAACUUUGCCUUGGUAUGUGACAGAUUUGGUGUGCCUGACAGAGUAGCAUCAGCAUUAGGAACCGCUCUUUUGCAAGAUUUUAAAAUUAAAGAUAAGCAUGAGAAACCUCUCAUCAUGGAUAAAUCGAAAGUUCGCAGAGAAAAAGAGAAAUGCAGACAAGAGGUGCUUCGCAAACGGUUAGAUGAUAACAAUUUGUUAGCGUUUUCAUUCGAUGGCAGAAAAGAUGAUACUUUAACGAUAGAUAAAAUUGAUGAGAAGUAUCAUACUAGGAUGGUAAAAGAACCUCAUCUUGUUAUUUUGAGAGAACCCAAUUCUGAAUUGAUUGGUUACGUAAGACUGGAACAUGAAACCGCUGAAUACAAAACAACCAAAUUAAAUGGUUUUUUCAACGAUAAAAAUAUAUCACUAAUAUGCACUGACGGUGAGCCAACAAACACUGGCCCACACGGUGGAAUUAUACGACGAUUCGAAUUGCUGUUAAAAAGACCAUUGCAUUGGUUUGUUUGCCUUCUACACUUCAACGAACUUCCGUUUCGGCAUUUGUUUGAAGCUUUGGAUAAAUCAACCAGCACUGGACCAAGAUCGGCAACCGGAAAACUGAGCCGUCAAAUCGAAACUUGUGAAACUCUUCCGGUGGUGGACGGCUUUCAGAAAAUUGAGUUGCAAAAUAUGUCCCCUGCUCCAGAAAAAAAAGAAUUUUCCACCGAUUCGAAGUACUUAUACGACAUGGCCCAUGCAAUUUCUAGCGGCGUGGUUCCGGUGGAUCUGGCUAACAUCAAACCAGGGAAAAUUGUACAUUCUCGGUGGCUCACCAAGGCCGCUAGAUUAUUGCGAUUAUAUGUGACAACGGAAAAUCUAGAUGCAAAUUUAAUAAUUCUGGUUGAAUUUAUAAUUAAAUGUUAUGUGCGAAUGUACUUCAAUAUCAAGUGUCUGAUAUUGAGCCCAGUCGUAGUCAAGAAUAAAUAG